CGCCCCGUUCCCGGUUUCACAACCGCGGGCACCGGGCGCGCUGCCGGUGGCGCCGUCGAUGUGUUCCUGCUCGGGGUCGUUGCUGUCCGCUGCUCUGCUCCUGCUCGCCGCCGCUCCCGUUACCGGGCGGCUCUGCGGCCCCGCCGGCCUUCCCCGGGACACGGUGCUGGGGCGCCCGGGAGCUAACGUGACCCUGACCUGCCUGUCCCGGGAGCCAGCAGCCGACGUCACCGUGUCCUGGCAGCGGGAGGAGCGGGGGCCGGCGGCGGGGACCGGCAGGCGGCAGCUGGCAGAGGGCAACUCCCUGCUGCUGCCAGGGCUGCGCUACGAGGACUCGGGCAGGUACCUCUGCCUCGGGGGGGGUCGCCCCCUGCGUGCCCUGAAGCUGCUGGUGGAAGAGCCCCCCGAAACCCCUCGAGUCUCCUGCUACCGGCGGAGCCACGACAAGGAUGUGCUCUGCGAGUGGCCGCUGAGGGCCAAACCCUCCCCGGGGACGAGGGCGGUGCUGCGGGUGAAGAGGAGGUUCGCGGUGGAGAACGCCACGGAGCAGCGGUGCCGCCACUUCUCCAGGGCACGCAAGUUCGUCUGCAGGCUGCCGGUGCCCACCGGCGCCGACGACACCAAGCCCCUGGUGGUGUCCACCUGCGUCAGCAACGCCGCGGGCAGCGCUGCGGGCGAGGACAGGAUCAUCACCCUCAGCAGCGUCCUCAAACCCGACCCCCCCCUCAACGUCACGGUGGAGCCGCUGGAGAGGGCACCGCAGCGCCUGAGGGUCAACUGGUCCUACCCCUCCUCCUGGGACCCUCGCUUCUACUGGCUCCGCUUCCAGGUCCGCUACCGCCCCCGGCCCGCCCCGACCUUCACCGAGGUGGACCAAGUGCUGAGCACCUGGCUGGACAUCCGCGACGCCUGGCAGGGCACACCGCACGUGGUGCAGGUGCGGGCACAGGAGGAGUUUGGCCAUGGCACCUGGAGCGAGUGGAGCCAGGAGGUGGUUGGCACCCCCUGGAUAGACCCCAAGGAGUUCACCUCUGAAGUGGGAGCCUUCAGCUCUCAGUUCCCCACGGAGGAUGGCACCUACAGGGUCACGCUGCCCCCCGAGCUCUUGGAGGAAGGUGCUGCUGAUGGGGCUGUUGUGCAAGCCAGUGCCCGCUCCAUGGCAUCGCCCUACGCCUUCCUGGUGGCCGGGGGGAGCCUGCUCCUGGGCAUCAUCCUCUUCGUUGGCAUCGUGGUGAGGUACCGGCAGCUGUGGCAGAGGAGCCAGGGCUGCAGUGCCAAGCCGCAGGGCGAAGGGCAGCACAUGUUGGUCACCCUGGCACCCUCCAGCCCUCCACUCAGUGCCACCUCCCUGCUGCCACCCCCCGGGCCCCUGGCCCCUGGGGCUCUGCACAUCACCAACUUGGACUAUUUCUUCUCAGGGCAGUGAGCCCCAAGCUGGGCACAUUGGCAGCUGCCUGCCGGGCAGGCAGGGAGGCUGAGGGCAUCCCAGGGCCUGGCACUGCCCAUGCCUGGGGGGCAGGGGGAGGGUGUGGGUAGCUGGGAGCAGCCUCUGACAGUGGUGGUGGGGAGGAAAUCAAAGCAGCCCCCAGAGGAGAACCAAGCAGGGAAGGGCUCAGCUAUGGGUCCCAGGGGAGGCAGCCUCAGGGCUGUGGCAGCUUCGAGGUCCUGGCAGCUCUGCCAGGCUGGAGCGUGGGAGCAGGGCCAGGUUUUGGGGUGGGGGGGGGGGUCCCAUGGGGAAGGGGCUGAUCACUCCCCCCACAGAGUGAGAAGGGAGGAGGGAGGUGAGGGGGGGGCGCUGGCUGGAUCAGCUCCAUCCCUCCCCCCCCGGCCCCCUGCCAGGGCCAGUUCUUGAUUCAGGAGUCAGGGAAAGGUUUUUCCCUUCAAUAAAUGCCAUGGAAAUGUGA